CUUUGAGUGCGUCAGUCAACUUUUAUAAAUCUUGUUCAUUUUUCAAUCAUUUCCAAAUUAUCAAGCAUGAAUUCAUCAAAACGCACCAAUAACAUGGAACCUCUUCAUAACUCAACACUCCGACCAGAAUCAAGAAGAGGAAGAGACGUAAGAAAUAAUACAACAAUGUCAACUCCGAGAAGCUCAAGACAACAAACUCCUGCGAUGGAUAAUGACAAUGACAUGGUCUGCCUUUGUUUCAAACCAACACCUCAAAUGAUGAAUCAAAUGGCUUCAAAUGGUUGCAAUUGUACCUGUAAUAUGAAUCAUAUUGGUGACAAUAUGGACAUAAGUGGCAUUGAAAGGAUGGAGCCAGAUCAAUCGUCCAAAAUGAAUAGAAGUAGAAAGCUCCUUCGACGAGAUAAGAACAUGCACGAACUUGAAGAGACAAUGGCCGAAAUUAGCAUGCAAAAUGAUUUUGAGGAGACAAUUUUGGAAGUUGAAGACGAUCCAAGCAAUGUUAUUCCAUUGGGUCGACACUAUCGUAUCAAUUCGUUCCGAUAAAUUUAUAUUUUUUUAAAGACUAAAAUAAA